GUAGAGGUACCACUGUAUAGUAUAUAAAUAAUAAAUAAUAAAUAACAUCAUUUUACAUAACCUUAGAGCAUUAAUAGUCAGUAUAGGCUCUCUACAGACAUGUUUGUGAAAUUAGUGGAAGAGAUUUGCUAUCAACUUCCCUUAUGUAAGAAAAGAAGGGGACCAGGUUUCAUCAUUAUAACACCUUUUGCUACCCUUCUAAGCCCAGUUAAUCGCUCUGAAACAGCCACGUUCCAGAUAUUUUUGAAUCAAACUUCAAGGGGUAGCUCAGCCUGGGAUUUUCAAAAAUACACUAUCACCAAAUGUGCAGCCAUCAGUAAAAAGAAAAUUAGAUCUUUAUGUUGAAUAGUAAGAUCAGAAUCUAGAUUUAAUGUGAGCAGGGCUAAAGCUAGAUUUGGUGAGAGAGGUUGUGUAGCAAUUUUAGAAAUGAUACUGAAGACCUUUGUCCAAAAUGUGUGGACAAAUUUACAUUCCCAUCAAGCAUGAAAAUAUGUUCCCCUAUUCCCACAUCCCCUCCCACAAAGAGAGUAUAAGGAUUUGUUGAUUUUUGCUAAGCAAACCGGAGUCCAAUGCCACCAGAGGACGACCUUCAAAGAAGCUUCUUGAAGGCGAGAUGAAAUGGUUCUUAAAGGUGGGGUCCUCCAUAUGCCUUCCCACUCAUUAUCAUUGAUUUCUUUGCCUAUUUCAGUCUCUCAUACUAUGUGCAAACCUUUUGCAUUCCCGAUAUAAUAUUCCAUGAGCACACCAUAAAUCAAUGAAACCACAUCUUUCAUAUCAUAGUGGGAUUCAAUACACCUUGUCUCAAAUGUCAUAAGAGAACGAACAACUGCAAAUGAAUAACAUUGGAGACUCUGGAGCCAAUUGUGGUGCAGAUCAUUUCGAUUUUCCUUUAACCUUUCUUUACCUAUUGCUUUGCCUUUAUAGAGUAAGUAUAAACCUCUGUUUUUCCAUUCUUUAUAUGCCAGUAUUUAUCUUCUUGUUUAAAGGCAGGCAGGUCUAGAAAUGGUCUACGCAUGGCGGGGGCAAGUUUGAUAUGGACCCAGGGAUCUUAUGUUUGGUCCCAAUCAGUGGGAUUAAUGAUUUCAUUUGAAAUGCCACUUUAUCUACAACAUGCUGUUACAUGUGUAGAGUUUGUGUGUUCUUCACACAUGACCCUAAAACAUUCUUAUGGGAGACAGGGACUUCUGCAGGAGUCACAACUGAGUGCUGUUCAAAAGAUCUGUUUGAACAGUUCAUUCAUACCACACAAAAGGUUUUUUUGGAUGCUCAAGAGAAGCUUCCAUUUAUUAUAUAAACAACAAAAGAAAUAACGGUGCAGCAUAAAUAUAAAAUCACAGGUGUUUUUGAACCAAUGUCUUAACACAUUCAUACUCUAAAGCAGGCAUCCCCAAACUUCGGCCCUCCAGAUAUUUUGGACUACAAUUCCCAUCUUCCCCGACCACUGGUCCUGUUAGCUAGGGAUCAUGGGAGUUGUAGGCCAAAACAUCUGGAGGGCCGCAGUUUGGGGAUGCCUGCUCUAAAGAUAUAAGCGGCCCUAAUCUACAAUAGAAAUAAAGCAGUGAACCAAUUGCCCAACUCAGUAAAAGGCAGCUCCCUAUGUUACUUGUUCUUCUAUAUGCUUGGGUUAUUAUCUGUUUGUUCACUAUUUUACUAGGAACAGCCUGUCAUUUCCUGGAUCGUCCCUGGAUCCCUUUUUUAAAAAAUUGGUUCUAUAUUGGCCACUUUCCAGUCCUCAGGUAUGGAAGCUGAUCUUAGGGAUGUGUUACUUUAAGAACUCUGAGGAUUUGUUCAUUUUUAAUUUCUCAGAAAGGUGAGAACUGCUUACUACUGUUUGCCUCAGUUCAAUUCUGGCCUACGUUUUCUGCAGUGAAAACAGAUGCAAAGAAUUCAACCAGUUUCUGAUUUUAGAAGUAAAAAUUUAGAAGUAAAAUAAAUAGCUAUGGUUAUGGACUGGCCAGUAUAGUUAAGCACACUUAAGCCCAUUGAAAUCAGUCAGUUUAAGCAGGCUUAACUCUGUGUUGGACUGUAGCCAGUGAGACUUGCACCCAAGUCUUAGCAGCAUCCCAUGAUAUGACUUGUAUGAUAAGGCUGCACUGUUUUAUUGCCUAGCUAUAUUAACAGCAAGGAUACUCCUGCAUAGUGCUAACAAAUUAAAGCUACUUUAAACUUGAUAUUUGGAGAUUUAAUUUAAAUUAUAUGGUUAUUAAUGGUGAGAUAACAAGAAUGGAUUUUGUAAGUUCUUGCAGUAAUAAAGAAGAGCCUUGGAGGAUACAUACCCAGCAUUUAUUACGCAGUGGUGGGAAGACCUUAAUACCCUUGCUACCUAUUUGGAUGGCUUAUAUUGAGUUAUAUGUGUAAAUUAAGAUGGGUGUAUUGAAAGUUAUUGUAUUGUUUUCCUUUUGUUUCCUUUUAGUAAAUUUUCAAUAAAAAAGCAAAACAAAUUACUUUCUUGUGUUUUAAAUAGUAUCCCAUAUGACCUAUUUUGAUUUCUAAGAUUGUGUGCAAGCAUUUUUUAUACUGUCUAUGUGCCAAGUUUAAUCACAGAGAGUAAGUGGAGGUAUGUAGACUUGACCCAACCAUGGAGUAAAAAAAAAAGGUAAUUAGAUUUAUUUAUUGUUUUAUUUUCUUACAUUUAUUUCCCACCUUUCUUCCAUCAUGCAACCCAAGAUAAAGUGUGCGUGGUUUUGAGGUAGUUUCCCAAUCAGGCACUGAUCAACCUCAGUCCUGUGUGGCUUCACCAAGGUGCCUUCAGACCAUACCCUGAGAACAUCAUCAUUCUUGUCUGUUAUAUAUAACAUCUCCAUUAUUAUUACCCAGAAUGUUAGAGAUUGAUAAAUUGUGGAUUUAUAAUUUGUUGAGAUAAUCAGUAGAUAACUGAAAAUAAAUUCAGUAAUUUUUCACCAGUUCCAUUUUUGUAGGGUAAAUUCUGACUCAGAUGCCUUUCGCCUGCUAACUAGCACUCUCCUUGUGCGCCAAUCCAGCCAGGUGCUCCAUGCUUGUAGAAGCAGACUUCUGUGUUGUGCAUCACUUGUAAGAGAGUUGUCAGCAGAUGGACUGAGGAGGAAUGGUGGGGAUUGCAUCCCCCGGACCUUCCUGAGAACAGGAGGACAGUAUAGAUUUACAACAGUGGUUUGCAGAAGGUCAUAGUUCAGAGACUGCAGAGGGGAGAAGCUGGGAAAUAAUGGGAGAGGAACAGCAGGAAGAGUAUGCACCAGGGGAGAGACAGCUGACAGACAGUGUCUUUAGAAAGCAUUCCUGACCCCCCCCCUCCCAGGACCAGGCAGGCAUUGAGAGUAGUAGAACAGAAAGCUCAGAGACAGAAAAUUCAGAUCAGCUGGCGCAGGGAUGAUGUAGAAUAGAAGAGAUUGAGGGGGUGGGACUUUACUCGGAGCAACACCAUUAUCUGAGAGAAACUUUUUUCUAAGAACUCUUCUUGUUUAUCUGCUUCUUGGCUGCUACCGUGGGAGGGAUUUGAUUCCCUGAAACCUGACAAGAAUUGUACUUGUGGCAGAGGAAUUCAAACCCCAGCCAGGCAGGGGUGGGAGAUGAUGCAGUGGCAUAACCACCACAGCAUCGACAGCUGCACUGCUCAUGUUGACUAGGGUGGAAGGCAGGGUAGGCAAAAGCCUGCUCUGGGCAACACCAGUCUGGAGUUGGCAUAGUCAUUGGGCCUGGUGCUGUUGGGUGAGGGCAGUGGGGCUGGCUGGGGAUCAAGGAAAGCCCAUACCAGUUCAGCCCCAUCCCCGGGGCUUUCCCAUAGGCUACUGCCAGUGGGAAGCCUGCCAGACAGUAGAGCAGCAGCUGGAAUGGGGAGCAGGGAGCAGUGCAGUAAUCCUGGGCUAGGUGGAGGGAGACCUCCACUCCACCCACAUGCAUUCUAACCCAGAUGAUCAUGGUUUUGGAUUGUAGCCUAACUAGAUAUUGCAUCUGCAAUCCGCCCAGUCUAACAGCAGAGCAAUGUAUACAGCCCUUUCAAAAAACCACAAUUCUACUGAUCAGGUCAAUGGGUUGUUGAAAGUUCCCCCUUUCUGUGCCUAACAGCAGAUCAGUGGAACUUCGCCUAUAAAGGCACAAUUCGGCUGCUCCUUGCAGAUUCUGUUGCAUCAGAGAACUGGGACACAUGUGGACCUGCUCUGAUUGAAAUAAAUAAAGCAAGGCAAAAUAAAUAGAGCCUUGGUAAAAUCUGUCAAUUUACAAAGACUGAACCGGAGUUUCCAUUAAGCAAUUGAGUCUUGAAUCUUGUUUUUUGACUCAUUGCUCUUUCAAAAAAAUACUCUCAAAAUUGUUCGCUAAAUGGAUGAGGGAUAAAGAAGGAAGUGCUAUCAGUAAAGAAUUAGGAUUAGAACAGUUGACCACUUGUGCCCCUGCUCAGAGACUCUUGCCUUAAUAUAUAGGAACCUCUCAGCAUCAUUUGCCACAGAAGCAGGGGUAAUCUAGGAUUUAACAUAUAACCUCUUUAACUAUUGGAGUGAAUCAUUAGUUUAGCCCAGCAGCCUAUGCAAAACCAGGAAAUUAUCUGGCUAGGCAAUGACGUUUAAGACCAAUUGUUAAGAACAAAACAAACAAGGAGUAGUGAGUUCAUUAUGUUGUGAUGAAGUAAUAAGAGCAAUGCCAGUGCUGUAAUCUUUAUAUUGUUUGGAUAUUCAUCAUCAAGAAUGAUGAAAAUAAUCUGAAGAUUGUAGAUUGUCCAAGAGGGAGAACAGCCACCUGAUACAAACUCUGUCCAUUAAUAUGUCCCAUUAAGUAGUUCCUAGGAAGAGAGCAACAUGUUAGUGAAAUGUUUGCUGAAUGGUAGCCAGACACAAGCAGUGCAAUAAUGUUCUAUUACAGGUGACACUUGGAAAAUUAGAAUAUCGUUGAAAAGUGCAUUUAUUUCAGUAAUGCAACUUAUUACUAUUUAUUUUUCUUUAAAUUUUUACAAAUGCUUUCUUUUGGAAAUUCCACAGUAAUAAAAGAAAUAGUUACCAUAAUACAAAAAUAAACACAAAUAAACAUUGCUAUUACAUUUCAUUAAUUACAUUCCAUUUAUAAUUGACCCGCCUAACGACAAAUAAUUACAAUUACAACAAAUAAAGGCUUGACAUAUCUUGCUUUGCAUGUCAUGCAUCUAUCUUAUAUAUUGGUUUCACCUUUUAAGAUGCAUUACUGAAAUAAAUGCACUUUUCAACGAUACUAUAAUUUUCCAAGUUUCACCUGUACAAACCAUUUGAUAGUAUGCUGUUUCUUCCUUAAGAAUAGCACAAUAGGUGCCUUGACCAUAUAUGAUGUGUUUGUUCAUGAGGUAAAUACGUAAAUGCAUAUACGUAUUUGUAUGCUUUAUUUCCAUUACAUGUGUUAAAUCAACAAUGCGGGGAGGGUGUGGUUCAAAGUGAGGUGACACGUUUCUAUUUAACCAUGCUCCCGAGAUUAAUGUUUCUUAACUGUCAUGGCAAUGGAGGUGCAUGUUGCAUGGAUAAAUGUAGUUGAUCUGAUUAGUCCAAUAACCUGCCUAUCUAGAGCCAUGUGGCUUUAUUAGCUCUGCAGGAGAAUUAGGAACAUGGCCUGAAAUAACAUGGAACAUUGUUGUCUAAUUAUUCAAUACCUUCCAAAAUUAUUUACAUAAAUAUGUAAUGAAACAUUUGUUGAUGCAAGCCUUUUGUUGGUAAAUAUAAAUAAUAGCUGUUUAUACUCUUUCUGUUCAAGAAAAGACUCUUUGUAAUGUUAAAAAAAGAUACUUCAUUUUAUAAUAAUAAAUAAAUGCAACUUGCAUUGAUAUCUUCCUGGCCGCCCCAAGAAACCCAUCAUCCCUCCAUUUCUGAGAUUGGGCUGGCACAGUCCAUUUUCCAGCCACUGUAUGAUGUUCAUAGAAUUGUAGUGUUGGAAGGGACCCCAAGGGCCACCUAGUCCAACCCCAUCUAAUUCCCAAAUCUCAACUAAAGCAUCUAUGACAGAUGGCCAUCCAACCUCUGCUUAAAAACCUCCACUGAAGGAGAGUCCACCACCUCUUGUGGGAAUCUGUUCUACUGUCAAACAGCUCUUACUGUCAGAAAGUUCUUCCUGAUGUUUAGUCAGAAUCUCCUUUCUUGUAACUUAAAUCCAUUUGUUCAAGUGGGAGAAAUCAAGCCUGCUCCAUCUUCCAUGUGAGCAGCCCCUUACACAUCUCCUCUCAGUCUCCUCUUUUCCAGGCUAAAUAUACCCAGCUCCUUCAAUGGUUCCUCAUAAGUCUUGGUUUACGUUGUCUUAUGCAGAGUCAGACUAUUGGUUUUUCUAGCUGUAUUCUGACAAGCAGUGGCUUCCCAGGGUCUACUGCACAAGCCUUUCCCAUCAUCGUGUACCUGGCCAUUUACGUAUUCAAAACGAGAGCUACCUGGACACCAAGCUGUAUGUCCCCUACUUCAGUCUUCCCUUGUCUUGCCCUGUAGUAGAGGUUGUUAAGUUAGUGUUAUUGUGUUAGCCCAGGAUAUUUUGCUGCAUGAAGCUGAGUCCAAAUGAUGCCUCUCCUCUUAGGGCUAACACUUCACAAAGUCUUGCUGCAAUAUUCAGGCACUGGUUCUUGCCUGGAUCUUUGUCUUGCCACCACUGCCACAGUGCUAUCUGAGAUAGGUUACUUCACCUUUCUGCAUAACACGGCCCCCCCUGAGCCUUCAUGUUCUCCAUCUGAAGAAAUAAAAAAUACCCCUCCCAGACUUUACUACCCAUCAGGAUUUUUCGAUAAUACUUGUAUCAUAUUUCAGCUAUGCGUGUUUGAAGAAAUGUAGCAAUUUUGACAACUGUUAGUGAGGAUGAAACACCUUUAUAUAUAGAUAAUAACUGAGCAAUGCUACAAGAGGGGGGAAUUGUGUUUCCUGACAAUUUUUGAUGUGGAUAUGUAAGUGAAGUUCUAAAGAGCUCUUGUUUUCCAUUGUGAUUAGUCAUCGCACUUUCCUUUCUCAUAUAAAUGCAGAGGCUGAGCAUUACUCAUAGUACAGAAAUUGGAACUGACUUGACAGUAAAUUCAUCUCUCUCUCUCUCUCUCUCUAUAUAUAUAUAUAUAUAUAUAUGUAUGUAUUUUAACCAAAACUUCGUAGGUUUGUGGAAGCCAUUAAAUAGCAUUGUCUGCAUAAAAGAAAAUGUAUGUUCAGGAGUGAGAAUAGAAGAAAAUAAAUCCAAAUUUAUGUAAAUCUUAUUUAUUUAUCCCCUGCAUUUCCAAAAGUGGCAAACGAUACAUAGGCCUAGUUUGCAUGACCCAGUAUGUCUCCUUUUACAUAAUGGGACGACACAGAAAUGCAGGCUUCUGGAAGGGAGUUCAUAGAAACUUUGCUCCCCCCCCACCCUUUUUCCACCUAGCCAUGCUGCGUCUGUAACGAGUUGUCCGAACCAGGGUUUUUGGUUAAUCUCUCUCCUGACUAAUCAUGACCUGCCCUCAAGAAGAAACCAUAGUUUGGCUUACUGUGUUGUGCAAAUCAGGCCAAAGUAACAUGUGUAAUUUUCAUUCCAGUGUGGUGUAGUGGUUAAGAGUGGUAGACUCGUAAUCUGGGGAGCCGGGUUCGUGUCUCCGCUCCUCCACAUGCAGCUGUUAGGUGACCUUGGGCUAGUCACACUUCUCUGAAGUCUCUCAGCCCCACUCACCUCACAGACUCCUCCUCCUCCUCCUCCUCUUCUUCUUCUUCUUCUUCUUCUUCUUCUUCUUCUUCUUCUUCUUCUUCUUCUUCUUCUUCUUCUUCUUCCAACCCAUUAGAGAACAAACAUGCAAAACGCUUUAAUCAAAUGUGUAUUUUUCCAUGGAACUAGUUGUCAGCACUGAGAAAUGCACAUUAAAUAUGAUUUUGGGUAUGUAAACUAUUCUGGGUACUUCUACUGAUUUUAUGGUUUAUUCACACCCAUGCUUUUUUAAUCACAUGUGCACCCUUCCUUUCCUCCAGAGGAGCUUUCAAGUGCCUCUUCUUUGUUCUCACAUGUAUGUAAACGUGACAGAGCGGCUCUUAAAGAGAGCCUGCAAACUUGUUGCAAUAUAACGUGACUCUCUCAGUAGAGAGCAAUUGACUGUGUUCUCCGCUGUGGGAAAAGCUUCCAUGUGCAAGUCCUCUGGAGAUGUGAUGUUUCAGUUGACAGGACCUUUUUUUAGAUGCAUCUAGAUCAGAUCUAAAAUUGGCAUUAAAUUUGCCUUCUUAAGAGACUUUAUUAUGCCUUACCAUAUUUAAUUUGGAAUCGCAGCUCAAACCUCACACUUUCUGAACUAGCGCAGAAGUGCUUCUUAACAGUUUAAGAACAGAGUGGUCAUCUACUGCAUUAAAUUCAUUGGCAGUAGAUUCAUGACUGAGAAAGUACUUCUUCCUUUAACACAAGUCAUUUACAGUGGUACCUUGCAAGACGAAUGCCCUGCAAGACGAAUUUUUCGCAAGACGAAUGCGUCUUGCGAUCUGAUGGUGACUCGCAAGACGAAUUUGUUUUGCGAAAAAUCCGUCUUGCAAAUCACAGUUCCCCAUAGGAAUGCAUUGAAAUUUAAUUAAUGCAUUCCUAUGGGCAAAAAAAAAGAAAUUUCAAUGCAUUCCUAUGGGAAACCGCGAUUCGCAAGACGAAUAUUUCGCAAACUGAAUUGACUUGCGGAACGAAUUAAAUUUGUCUUGCGAGGCACCACUGUACGUGGUUUCACUCAGCAGUUUCUACACAUUGCACCAUCUGGUGCUUAUAGUAUUGAUAUGAGUUUGUAGGUGCCAUACACCCAUAAUCAUAAAAAGGUAAAGGGACCCCUGACCAUUAGGUCCAGUCGCAGACGACUCUGGGGUUGCGGUGCUCAUCUCGCUUUAUUGGCCGAGGGAGCUGGCGUACAGCUUCUGAGUCAUGUGGCCAGCAUGACUAAGCCGCUUCUGGCGAAAUCAGAGCAGCACACGGAAACGGCGUUUAUCUUCCUGCCGGAGCGGUACCUAUUUAUCUACUUAUACCUUGACAUGCUUUUGAACUGCUAGGUUGGCAGGAGCUGAGACUGAGCAACGGGAGCUCACCCUGUCACGGGGAUUUGAACCGCCAACCUUCUGAUCAGCAAGCCCUAGGCUCUGUGGUUUAACCCACAGCGCCACCAUAAUCAUAGCAAGUGUUAACAGCUAAUCAAGCCAGGCUAGCUUCCUGACGAGGUAACCGCCUGGGUGAUGGGUCAUUAAGAGAACAAAGAAAAGAGUCCUCUGUGAAAGAGAACAAAGUAAAGAGUCCUCUGUGCCAGAUGACGAAUGGGUGGGGCCCCUCACCCAGUGCUUAGACCAGGGGUCAGGAACCUUUUUCAGCUGUGGGCUGGUCCACCGUCCCUGAGACCGUGUGGGGGGGCAGACUAUAUUGGGGUGGUGAACACUUUCCUAUGCCCCACAAAUAACCCAGAGAUGCAUUUUAAAUAAAAGCACACAUUCUACUCAUGUAGAAUCACCAGGCAGGCCCUACAAAUAACCCAGAGGUGCAUUCUAAAUAAAAGGACACAUUCUACUCAUGUAAAAAAACACUGAUUCCCGGACUGUCUACAGGCCAGAUUGAGAAGGUGAUUGGGCCGCAUGCGACCCCCGGGCCUUAGGUUGCCUACCCCUGGCUUAGACAGUUGGAAAAACAAAGCCUGAGUCUUUGAAAGAAGAGUUGGCUGCGAUGUGACCUAGAGGAAAAUGAAGCAGGCUGGAAAGUCAAAAGAGAAAGUCAUGGCUGAUUUCUGCUGGAAUCCAAGGCUGUGGGACCAAGACCCUUUUGGGGUGUUGAUGCUGUGAAUCUCUCCUUCGUAGGUUCAGGUUAUAUAUGUGUGUUUAAAUACCUUGUAUCAUAAAACCACCAGUCUCUGCUGUGCCUCAUUCCAAAGGAGACACAGAUCCUGGGUAAGCGCCUGGACCCCCUGGAUCUUGCACUGCUCAGAGAUUUGGGGGGGGGGUUGCAACAGUAUGUUCCACCUUGGCUUUCCUCCUCUGGCUAUUUUUGAAGAUAUGCAACAAUCCAGAACUAAGGCUACUGUGGCAAAUGUUGUUUCAACAGGUACUGCGAUGGCUGCAGGAGUUAUGUUGCAAAAUGAAUUACCCUACUGUUCUCUGGUAUCAAGCAGUGCAUAUCUUGCAACCAUGAGUUCAGGAAGGUCUAGGCGUCCGACUGCGAAAUACACAAAAGUUGGAGAACGCCUUCGCCAUGUCAUUCCUGGUCAUAUGCAGUGUUCUAUGGCAUGCGGUGGUCGUGCUUGCAAAUAUGAAAAUCCAACUCGGUGGAGUGACCAAGAACAGGCUGUGAAAGGGCUUUACUCUUCCUGGAUAACAGAUAACAUUUUAGCCAUGUCUCGACCAUCAACAGAACUUAUUGAAAAAUAUAAUAUUAUCGAGCAGUUUCAAAGAUGUGGCAUAAAAACAGUAAUUAACCUUCAGCGUCCUGGAGAACAUGCUAGCUGCGGGAAUCCACUGGAACAAGAGAGUGGUUUCACCUACCUUCCUGAAGCUUUCAUGGAGGCGGGAAUUUAUUUUUAUAACUUUGGAUGGAAGGAUUAUGGUGUGGCUUCUCUCACUACUAUCCUCGAUAUGGUAAAAGUGAUGACUUUUGCCUUACAGGAAGGGAGAGUAGCUAUUCAUUGUCAUGCAGGACUUGGCAGAACAGGUGUUUUAAUAGCUUGUUACUUGGUUUUUGCCACACGAAUGACAGCAGACCAAGCAAUCCUUUUUGUAAGGGCGAAAAGGCCUAACUCUAUCCAAACCAGAGGACAGCUGUUGUGUGUACGGGAGUUUUCGCAGUUCUUGAUUCCUCUCAGGAAUGUGUUUGCAUCUUGUGAACCCAAAGCGCACGCCGUGACUCUUUCCCAGUACCUGAUCCGGCAGCGGCAUUUGCUCCACGGUUAUGAAAGCAGGAACCUCAAGUAUGUGCCAAAGCUUAUUCAUCUGGUUUGCAAAUUGCUGUUGGACUUGGCUGAAAACCGGCAUGUGAUAGAGGAGAAACUUUUGGACCUUCCAGACCUGUCCGCUGAGAUUGAAGAGACCGUUUCUCAGCUAGCUUCCACGCAGCUUGAUAAAGAGCUGACAAGGCAAGACAGUAGUGCUUCAGAGCCGUUUUCUCUCUCGGGAGCCAACCCUCUUCAUCCCAAUGAACAUGAGUGUGAUCCUCUUUGGAAGAGGAGGAACAUUGAUUGCCUUCAGCCUCUGGGUCGUGCAAAAAGGCGCCUGAGCUACAGCGACUCAGAUUUGAGAAGAGCGGUGUUUGUCUGUGACCAAGGAGAGACCCCCUGGUCGGUGCCUGUGCAAAUGCCACUCUGCAACAAAACAAACCCACCGAACAAUUGCCAGACUCUCAAGGUUGAUUUAACCCAAGAACUCUUAGUCCGUAGUACAUUUACUUUCUUGUGUCAGGACAAGACGCCUUUAGAUGGAAAAGAAGCUAAUUCUCCAUUUUUCCAUAAAAGCAGGUAUCCCGGAGAAGUACAGCGUAGCCAAACUUUUUCUUCGGGCCUUUCGUGUGAUCGGAAGGAAGAGGAGGCGGAGGAAGACGAAGAAGAGCUAAAAGCACUAAACUAUAAUUGUGGCAGGAAAGCUAAUAGCUAUGGCAAAAAAAUGUGGUGCUCUGAGGACUCGGACUCUUCGAAAGCAGAGCCUGAGAUCCGCAAUAUUCGGGAUCUCUGUGAAUCGAUCCCCCAUAUUGUUGUGCAGUCAGAACUAAGCCUGGAGGCACGAAGAACGUUGGCAGCCAAGGCCCUGGCAAAUGUGAAUGAGUUUAUAGGAGCAGAAGAAAUAGAGCAAAAAGUGGAGAUGUGGCAGAAAGAACUGAAUUCUCAGAAUGGAGCCUGGGAUAGGAUAUGCGGCGAGACAGAUCCUUUUAUCCUCAGUAGUUUGAUGUGGUCCUGGAUAGAGCAACUUAAAGAACCUCUUCUAACCAAAAAUGAUGUAGAUGUGUUAGCAAAAAACAACGUAGACCCUCAAGAAGCACUUAAAUUAUUAGACAAGGGAAAAUAUCACACUAUACUGUGCAUUUUAAACUGUGUGGUGCAAUUGGAGACCAUACCAACGUACGUGGAGGACCUUCUCCUUGAUCGUGCCAUUAAAGCAUUUACAAAGGCGAGUUCUGAUUCGGAAGGUGGGUUGGACAUUCUGAAGAAUAUUUUUAAACAGAUAUUGGAACACCAAAGACAAUACUCCAAAGACCAAACAGAAACCCUCUUUUGAUGUUUACGUGCUAAGCUAGUUUUCUGCAGCUUUCCAAGACUAUCUUUCCUUUACCAUCCAUUGUUAUAUUUUGUAUUCCUUGGUUCAUGUUAACUAACAACGUUGGUUAUUAAAUAACCACAACUAAUUCUAUCUAGCUGUGUACAUAAGUUGCCAUUUUGUGUCUGUACUGUGGCAUUUUGUAUUUAAUUUAUUGAUUUUAGAAACUUUAUCAUUAAUAAGCUGUUUUUUUCACACUGAGCUAUUGCCAUAAAUUCAGUGCCAUGAUACGCAAUGGUUUAUUCCGUUAAAUGUUUGCAUAUUAACACUAAGUAUACAAGAUGAAGUUUACGACAAUGGUAUUACAUUUUAUUUUGUGGUGAGUAAACAUUGGCUUCUAUUAAUGACUGUUGUACAACUGUACAGCUUUCCCUCUGUAAUGCCAAAAUAAACAUGUAGGGGGAAAUAGAAACUUGACAUGCAGCACCAAGAUAGGCAAUCAAUUGCUCAUAGAUCCUUUUUAGAAAAUUGGGAAUUUUGACUUUAUAACACCAUAUAAAUUUAUAAUUCUCACAUUUGUUGGGAAAACUGAAAUGUGAGACCUGUAUUAUAGUGUCAUGGAGCCCAGAAGAUAAAUAAAAAAGAAACAGUUUUUGUUUUAAAGUCUCUUCAUUUCCUACAUAGAUUAUUGACUGGGGAGGUGGUAAGUGUUGCUGGUGACUCUUAAGAAAAAAUUGUAUGUUGUGAACAUACAAAUCAAAUCAAUCAAUUAAUCAAUCAAUAAUAAAUCCAGACCCUUAAAACUGGAGUAUUCCAGGAUAUCUCAUUCAGACUUUAUUGAGGCAGAAUAAGAUACAGACAAUUUUUAGCUAUCCUCCUGUGGUUAGAUUGCUGCUUGAGAUUUUGAGAGGUUCUGACGCCUUGACUUAAAAGAAAUAUUGUUUAACAGAAGAUGGAUAUUAACAUGGACUGAAAGUUUUAAAUAUUUUUUUUUUAAUGAAACCAGCAGGUGGAAAAUCAGAAGUUUUCUUUUUGCAUCUUUAUCUAAUGUCUGUCUGUCUCUCUCCCCCCCCUUUUUUUAUUGUCCCUUUCCGUUUUCUGUUUUCCUUCUUUGUUUCUCUUCUUUUUCUUUCUUUGGAGUCCAAUGUUUGGGGGUGGUAGAUUGUUGAUGGAGGACCCUGGGGAAAAGACAGGAAAAUGUUGGUCUCCCAGUAUGAGAAGCUGGGAUGAGAAAGGAAAGAUCCCAGGUAAGAGCUGGGAGAAGCUACUGUCCUCUGAGGGUAAAAGGUAAAGGUCAAGGGACCCCUGACCAUUAGGUCCAGUUGUGACCGACUCUGGGGUUGCGCGCUCAUCUCGCAUUAUUGGCCGAGGGAGCCGGCGUAUAGCUUCCAGGUCAUGUGGCCAGCAUGACAAAGCCACUUCUGGCGAACCAGAGCGGCACACGGAAACGCCGUUUACCUUCCCGCUGUAGCGGUUCCUAUUUAUCUACUUGCAUUUUGACGUGCUUUCGAACCUCUGAGGGUAGUAAGGACUAAUAAUUACUUUUAAGAGAAGACUCUAUUCUACUUAUUCAAUUCCCACUGCCCCCACCCCUGGUUUUUUUGUAGUUCUAAUUUGACUAUAUUGUGGGGAGAAAUGAAUAGUUUUUUGUGUUUUUUAAGGAGAUCAUUUUGAGAAGCUUUUAAAACUGCCACUUGUGUUUCCAUGCUAUUUUACUUGGCAGUGGGGGUAGGGGUGUUGCUGCUGCAGUGGAAUCUGCUUAUCAUGAAAAAUCAUUGUGAGAAGGGUCAGCAGGCAGAGAUUAAAAUGGAGAGAAGAUUAUCGGGCAUGGUGUGUUCUUAUGUUUCUAAAUCCACCAAUCAGGGACUCAAGAACUUGAGCAGAAUUGCCUUACCUGGCUGAUGAAAUAGCAAACAGACCCUGUGGCUAUGAUAUCCAUUGCUAUGCUAUCCAUCCAGAGCAAUCAUUAGUGGUGAGGUGGGAUUCAGUAGUCUCUGAUUGCUGUGGGUCAGGGAAUAAGUCAAUUAAACUGAAGCAGUCAAUUACCUCAUAAGCAAAUUGUAUUUUUUUCAACUCUUGGCUAUGGUGUGUGAUUCUAUGCCUUGCUAGAUGGGUGGUGAGGGCAGGAGAGAGAGUGAGUUAUAUCUUCCCUUUGCUGGGAGGAAAUGCAGAUCUUCAAUUCACCACCCCCACAUCAUCAUCAUCAGGACUUCAAAGCAAACAUCAAUUGUAAGUUUCUCUGCUGGAAAUAAAUCUAGAACAGGAACUCUUGUCAGAGGCAAUGUGGUAGCUCUUUUACCAGACAAAAACAGCACCGAAACUAGCCCUUCAUCUGUCCGCAGGCCCACUGCUACUUUGGAAAGAGAAUGUACCACUAAGAUGUUAACAUGAAAUUCAUCUGACUUUACUGAGAUACCGAGGUGAAUUUAAAACUGCAAAUUGAUCAGUGCAUCCUUCCCUUGUAAAAACUUUGGCCAAAUAAAAACAAACCAUUGGAUUGUUUGAUUGGAUCUGUAGUCCUUUCUUUCUUACUGAAAUCAUGCUAAACGUCCCAGGAAUAUAUUAAACUGGUAAUAUCACUACUGUACCAGAAAAAUAUGAAUAUUGAGACAGAUUUAAAUGGGAGGCAUUUGCAAGUAAUGUGAAAUAAUUGUUUUCAGCACUUUUGUUGAAGCAUAUGAAUCUGCUGAACAUGAAGCACCAUCAGAAUGACUUUGUUAAUUCCCACAGAGGUUUUCUGACAGUAUUGUUAACAGUGAUGCUAUUAAUUUUGAAGGAGUGAAAAUGAACCUUCGUGAGAAGGCCUUAUAACGGUAUUGUUGGCCGUUGCACUCACAAAUUUGAAAACAGAUUCAGGGAGAAACAAUUCUGUUAUAAUAGCAUCUUGCAAGCAUUUGCUCCAGUAUGGGAAAUAUUGAAAUGUUAGGCAGACAACUGCAAAAAGCUAGGAAACUUAAAUCCCGAGCUUGAGUUGGCCAAACUCCUUAUUAAAGGAACAUUUGCUGUGGAUGAGCUGUGGAUGAGCUCGCAAAACUUGUCUUUUGGUCAAGACUCUGUUGGCACUUUCAAACAAUACUGCAACCAUCAAAAGCUGCUUUUCAAAGUCAGUUUCAGGCCCACAGUGAUGGUCAAUGCUACAUGAUGAAUAUAAACCAAUCUUGUUCUUUUAAGUUAAUAAAUUAAAUUUGAAAACUAAGGGUUAUGGUCAGUGAAGUCCUACUCAGAAUAGACCCAUUGAAACGAAUGAACCUAAGUCCUGUCCAUUAAUUUCAAUAGCUUUACUUUGGGAACAGCAUUGGAUGCGACCAUAAAUACUGAUAGUUUUGUGUUUCCAUGGUUUGGCAAUGACGGACCACAAUUCUCAAAGAUGAUCUGCAAAAGUGUGAAACUCUUGAGUUUAUGUUGCUAUGGAGCUGCUGUGACAUGCCUCUGGAAAGGCAUUCAGUGCCAUUCUAGAACUUAAAUGAGAAUGUUGCUAGAAGAGAAGGCAAGUUGAGGCUCUGUUCUUUUGAGUGCAGCCAUGUCAUGGAGGCAUUAGCACAGGUGCUUUCAUGUUCGGUGUGCUUAGAGUUGUUCACUCCCCCUGUGCUGGUCCUAUCCUGCGCUCACAAUUUCUGCAAGAAGUGCCUGGAGAAGAUCCUCAUCAGCCAGAACUGUAGCCAUGUCAAUGGACAGUUCUCCUGCCCAAUGUGCAGAAAAGUAAGUUAGAGAGAGAGCUUUGUUUUGCCCUCUGCAAUCUGCUUACAGAUUGCCCUGUCCGAUGGUACGUGUGGGUUUCCCACUGCCCAAAUUCACGCUACAAGAUGAACGGCGAAAUAUUAAAGCAAAAGCCGGAAGUUAGAGGUAUAGCAACUGGGCAGACAUAUAUAGCAAUAACACUCUUGCAGGAAACAUACUGCCUCUGCAGAUGGCGACAUUCCUCAUGUAGCAGUUCUAGAGCUUGGUGCAAGAUCACAGGGAUCUGUAUGACUUUUUCAUUCCUGAUGGGUUGUGUCCCCUGCAGUGCUCAGGCAAGGGGGAUUCCAUGCGCCUCUCCACCUCACUUCAGACCCCUGGCAUGCCCUGUGGGAGCAGGGAUCAGAGAGUAUUGGGCAUGAGAGAAGUUUUUGGGGAUAACAGCAAGAGCCAUGGUAGGGAGCAGGGGACAGGGGACACCCCCUUGGGCAUAUGCUGCAGUGGAUACAACCCAAUAUUUACAAAUUGCAUGUACAAAAUAUAUAACCAAAGGCAAAAAAGGACCAAAAAUAGAAUCACAUUGAUCUCCCCACUUUGCAUGCCCAACAAGCUUGUUUUA